AGUUGGUUCUGCCCAACUCUCUCUCUUCUUCCAUUUUCCAUCUCUUUCCAAUUCAAUAAUUUAGUUCCCUAUUUUCAUUUUCCCUGUCCCAGAGCACAAUCAUCAGCCAUGGGUUCUCUUGUUAUGGACCCAGAAGAUAUAGUGUCAUUGCCAGGUAAUAAUGAUGGGCUAGCCAGCAAUUUGACCACAAUCUGCAUAAGCAUGGGCAGGGUUUAUUCACCAGGUAUAUUUCACCAUGCAGAUCCUCUGGCUUUCCCUCUACCUCUGCUUCUCUUACAAUUGUCUCUAGCCUGUGGAACCUUUCUUCUCCUUUCAACAAUUCUCAAGCCUCUUGGCCUGCCCCAAUUCAUCAGGCAACUCUUAGGUGGCAUAAUACUAGGUCCAACAUUUCUAUGCAGGAGCCCUCAGUUUUCAAAUAUAUUUUUUCCUAUGAGAGGACUAAUGCUGAUGGAUACACUAUCUUCUUUUGGGUUCAUCCUCUACUUCUUCCUCAUUGGAGUGCAAAUGGAUCCAUGUUUAUUUAAAAAUGUAGGCAGAAAGGCUAUUGCCAUUGGACUUUUCACUGUGGCAGUGCCUAUGGUAAUGAGCACUGCCUCAAGUUUUUUCAUUAUGUCCCAUGUUAGUAUAGACCAAAACAUAGCAGGAUCACUUCCUAUGAUUGCUCAAGCUGAGUCUGUGCUUGCCUUCCCAAUUGUUGCUCAAUUCUUGGCAGAGCUAAAUAUUAUAAAUUCAGAAUUUGGGAGAGUAGCAUUAUCUUCUUCAUUUGUAGCUGGGUUGUGCAGUUUCAGUGUAAUAACAACUACUGUCCUCAUGCAACAAUCGUCCGGUGACAAUUAUGCAGCACUUCAAACCCUAACAAAUGCUGUUUUCCUUCUAGUUGUUAUCGUUUUUGUCAUGCGUCCAAUAAUUAUGUGGAUGAUCAAGCAUAAUCCAGAGGGAAAGCCACUCAAAGAGAGCUAUGUAAUCUGGCUACUUUUAGCAGUGUUUGUCACAGGCUUCCUUAGCCAAGCACUGGGUUUGCACCUUUACUUUGGACCUCUUGCUCUUGGGAUUACCAUACCUGCAGGGCCUCCCAUAGGUUCAGCCCUAGUUGAAAAGCUUGAUCUCCUCACCAACUGGUUAUUUAUGCCCAUCUACCUUGUACAAAAUGGGUUGAUAAUCAAUAUCUUCAGCAUUAAAUUAAAGAACUAUAUGAUAGUACAGUCCAUUGCUCUCAUCAGUUCAUUUGGCAAGUUUUUGGGAACAUUUUUAGUUUCCAGCUGCAGCAGCAUACCCCUGAGGGAUGCUGCUUCACUGGGCCUUGUCAUGAAUGCCCAAGGUGUGCUUGAGCUUGGCAUGUUCAAAAUGAUGAAGAAAAACAAGGCAAUAGACAAUGAGGCUUUUGUGAUCAUGGCCGUAUCUAUGAUGCUUGUAACAGGAGCUAUCUCACCUAUCAUUAAACACUUGUAUGAUCCUUCAAGAAGGUAUGCUGUUUAUAGGAGAAGAACUGUGAUGAACCUAAAACCCAAUUUCGAACUCCGAGUGCUAGUUUGUAUCCAUGAACAUGAAAAUGUUCCUGCUGCCAUCAAACUCCUUGAAGUCUUAAAUCCCACAAAAAGAAGCCCUGUAUGUGUUUUUCUCCUCCACCUCAUUGAGAUUGUUGGCCAGGCAAACCCCCUCCUCAUCCCCCACAAGCUGAGCAAAAGGCCCUCAAAAAAGGUCAAAAACUCAGAACAAGUAAUCAAUGCAUUCAGACGCUUUGAGGAUGGUAACCACGGUCUCAUUACACUUUACCCUUAUACUGCAAUUUGUCCGUCUAAAACAAUGCACGAUGAUGUGUGCACAAUUGCACUAGACAAAAGGACUUCCCUUAUUAUAGUUCCUUUCCACAAGAGAUUCCAAGUGAGUGAUGCAGCAAAUUCCCACAAAAGGGCCAUUAAGAUAACAAAUGAAAAUGUCAUUGACAAGGCACCUUGCUCUACUGCAAUCCUGGUUGAUCGUGGGCCUCAGAAUGUACAAAGGACUAGCCUUAAUGUUCAGUCUUCAUAUCGUGUUGCCGUUCUCUUCUUGGGCGGGCCUGACGAUAGGGAGGCACUGGCCAUAGGGGCACGGAUGACUGGACAUCACAGCAUCAACCUGACAAUGGUACGACUCCUUGAAAAUGGAAGCAUUGCUGGUGAUAAUGCCACUGAAAGGAGGCCUGAUAAUGAAGUGGUGAGUGAGUUUAGAAUGGCUACAGCAGGAAAUUAUAGAGUAAUAUACAUAGAGGAGGUGGUGAUGGAUGGGACAGGGACUACUUCAGUGAUUAGAUCAAUGGAAAACUGCUAUGAACUUGUCAUAGUUGGAAGGCAUCAUGAUAGCAGAUCACCACUUCUAUCGGGGCUUGCAGAUUGGAAUGAUCACAAAGAGUUAGGAACAGUUGGUGAUUUGUUGGCUUCAUCACCGUUCAUGGACAAAACUACAAUCUUGGUUGUGCAACAACACAACAAUGCCACAAACGAAGAUUGUUAG